ACAGCGGAGCGCUGCUGCACUAACCUGUCGAACUCUGAACGACCGUGUCUAAAACAUUAAAUAAUUAUAACGAAAGUCAUUUGUAAUACCAUUUAUGGCCAUAAAAAGAUCUCCUCUCGGAUUCAACAAGUUAUAUCAAGAUCUAGCUUCAGAAAUUUGGAAUAUUAAUCAAAGUUUCAUGCCAACCUUGUCAUUCAAGAUGUACUUGUUAAAGAAAGUUUUUCUGUGUUGAGGAAAUUUAUUUUGUGUCUUAUUUCAGGUUAAUUGUUCGUCAAAAUCAUGAUGCCUUGAUAAGACAUGAUAUUAAAUUCCAGUGGUCGGCGCCAUUUUGCUCAUGUAUACAGCAGCUAAUACAGUAAAGAAAUUAUAAUUGUAAAUGUGUGGGGAGGGAGGUGUGGUAGGGUAGGGUAGGAUUGUGCUGGGGGUAUGUCUUGCAAUCGGGACAUAGCAUCUUAAGCCAAAGGAUCUAUCUUUAAAGGUGACAAUGGACUACGAGGAUCAGGUUAGAGAAGUUGUGUCCAACGCCCAGUUUGGAGAUCUAAUCGAAUUCUCGUAUCCGAUUGGAUAUUCACAUUGGGGCGUGUACGAUGAUGACGGGCACGUGAUCCAUUUUGCUGUGGCAGACGAGGGACGCCUGAAGAGCGUUGUCCGCGGCUACAUCCAGACCGUGUUCCCGGUGUGCGGUGACCUACUGCUUGGUGAGACAAAGAUAAGGCGACAGCUCGUCGCCGAUGUUAACGUACCCAGCGGGUCUAAUGUUAUGAUCACCAACAACCGUCACGCGCGUCACAAGUCUUCUGAGGAAGAAAUACGGCGCCGUCGGGACGCGCUACUGGAACGGGAGCUGACGUAUAAGCUCUUCACCCUGAACUGUGAACACUUCGCCACUUUUGUGCGAUUCGGCCAAGCCGUGUGCAACCAGAUUCCAGGAAAGAGUAAGAAUGUGGAGUGUCAGGAGGCGACGGAGGUGUUCCAAGACAUUGUGUCUACUGUGUCCUGAAAAGAGCAGAAAUUAUCGUUUUUCAUAGUAUGCUGUUUUCCUUGCUGUAAAAAUGUACAUUUACCCCUUCUUAUGUUAACAAUACACAAUGA